AUGUUUCGCAACAAUUACGACAACGAUUCCGUCACAUUCUCUCCGCAGGGCAGAAUAUUCCAGGUCGAAUAUGCCGCCGAGGCCGUGAAGCAAGGUUCCGUCGUUGUGGGAUUGACAAGCAAGACACAUGCCGUUUUGGUCGCCAUCAAGCGCAAUGCCGAAGAACUCUCCUCCUACCAAAAGAAACUGUUCGAAGUAGACGAGCAUGUCGGCCUAGCCAUCGCAGGCCUCACCUCAGACGCCCGCGUCCUCUCCAACUUCAUGAAGCAGCAAUGCCUCUCGCAACGGCUAACCUACGAUCGGCCCAUGCCCAUCGAGACGCUCGUGUCCAUGAUCGGCGACAAAGCCCAGCUCAAUACGCAGCACUACGGCAAGCGGCCCUACGGCGUCGGCUUGCUGAUCGCGGGCGUCGACGAGACGGGCCCUCACCUCUUCGAAUUCCAGCCCAGCGGCAUGACCCAGGAGAUGGUGGCGUGCGCCAUCGGGGCCCGCUCCCAGAUGGCCCGGACGUACCUCGAAAAGAAUGCCGACAACUUCAACGACUGCGGCCGCGAGGAGCUCAUUAGGCAUGGCUUGCGCGCGCUCAAGGAGACGCUGGUGCAGGACCGUGAGCUGACGGUCGAUAAUACGAGUGUGGGCGUGGUAGGAUUCAAGGAGACCGGGAAGAAGGCGCUGGAGUUCUUCAAAGUGCAUGACGGGGCGGAGGUGAAGGAGUGGAUUAACAGCGUUGAGGAGGAUGCUGAUGCGGGUGGUGAGACGGCGGCGGAGGAGGGCGGGGCGGCGGCUGAGGGUAUGCAAGUUGACGAGUAA